AUGGGAUUUUGUGUUGGACUCUGCAUUGUACUUGUUUUAUGUUUAUACACUGUUCAGUGUACAACUACUAGGUAUGUCACCUAUGAGGAGGACGCACCAGGCACCGAGAUUGGAAAUUUAUCACAAGACUUAAAGAUUGAUCCAGCUGAUGACCCCGACACAUCGUUCCGCUUCAUGCAAGAAAACAACUCUUCUGUGAUUCAAAUGAGGGAGACAGAUGGGCUUCUGAGCGUUGCAGAAGUAAUUGACCGAGAGCAGCUCUGCCCCAGAUCUCCGCGCUGCUUCAUCACCUUCGACACUGUGGCCUUUUCCAAAGAAAAGUUUCAACUCAUCCACGUGGAGAUCGAGGUGAAAGACAUUAACGACCACGCGCCUGUGUUCGCGCGCAAUGAGACAACCCUGGAGAUAGUGGAAAAUGUGCCGCUGGACUCAAGAUUCCCUCUGCAGAUCGCUCUCGACCAGGAUGUGGGUGAAAACUACAUUCAGAGCUACAACAUUUCUCCCUCCAGUCAUUUCGCCAUUGAAGUGCGCGAUAGGGAGGACGGGGUGAAGUUUUCGGAACUGGUGCUGGUGAGGCAGCUCGACAGGGAAGUGGAGGACUCCUACACCAUAGAAGUCACUGCAUUUGAUGGAGGAGUGCCUGCAAAGUCUGGGUCAGUGACUGUGAAUAUCAAAGUGCUUGACUUUAACGAUAACCGCCCGACAUUUGAGCACAGCUCACUGAAAGUUGAGCUGAAUGAAGACUCUCCGGUGGGUCACCGAGUUGUCAAAGUGCACGCUUUUGACCCUGAUGAUGGCAUUAACGGGGAGGUGAUGUACGCAUUCAAUGGAUUAUCACCAGAGGCUGCACGCAUUUUCCACAUCGACCCGUACUCCGGGGACGUGACUUUGAAGGCGCCGGUUGAUUUUGAGAAGAGAAGGUCAUACGAGCUGAACAUCAAAGCCUCCGAUUUAGGAGAGAACUCUGUCCCAUCCAGCUGCAAAGUUGUGAUAGACAUCGUGGACGUUAAUGACAACGCACCUGAAAUCAGCAUCAAACCGAUGACCUCCAGCAGUGACGGAGUUGCUUACAUCACAGAAGCUGCAGCUGCGGAGAGUUUCGUGGCUCUCAUCAGCACCUCGGACAGAGACUCCGGCUCCAACGGGUAUGUGCGAAUCAGCCUGCUCGGGCACGAGCAUUUCAGCCUCCAGCAGGCGUAUGGGGACACUUUCAUGAUUAUUACUACUACUACCUUGGACAGAGAGAAGAUCCCAGAGUAUAAUCUUACUGUAGUUGCAGAAGACCUAGGAAGUCCACCUUUCAAAACUGUCACACAGUAUACAAUCCGUGUAACAGAUGAGAAUGACAACCCCCCUAUCUUCAGCAAGUCUCUUUAUGAAGUUUCAGUCAUGGAAAAUAAUAUUCCAGGUUCAUAUGUGACCACUCUUGUUGCCCGUGAUCCUGAUGUGGGAAAGAAUGCCAAAGUCUCUUACAAACUCAUAGAUUCACUGGUGCAAGGAGGAUCCCCAGUGUCCACUUAUGUUUCUGUAGAUUCACAGUCUGGGUCUUUGUACACUUUACGGUCUUUUGACUAUGAGACUCUCAAGCAGAUUGACUUGGUCAUCGAAGCAGAAGACAGAGGUUCCCCCUCUCUUUCGUGCAAAUCAACAAUCAGGAUUAGAGUUGUGGAUCAGAAUGACAACUAUCCACACUUCACCUUCCCCCUCCUUCUGAAUGACUCUGCUGAUAUUUCUUUGCCCUUUAAUGCACCUCCUGGCUAUCUUGCCCUCCACGUCUCAGCUGAAGAUGAGGACGAGGCGAUGAAUGGUGAGCUCUCCUACCAAAUUGUACAAGGUGACCCAAAGCUUUUCACAAUGAACAAAGAUACUGGAGAAAUUGCUUUAAAACAAUGGCUGACAGCUGAAAUUGGAGACGUGCUUGAAAUGAAAAUAGCAGUGAGUGACAAUGGCAGGUCCCCGCUCUCUGCAAGUGCCACUAUUAGGUUUGUCAUCACAGACACUGAGCCCUCUGAAGACCAAGUCGUCAUUGUGUUGCGGUCAAGUGAUGAAGAAGGCUCCGGCUUGGAUGGCUCACUAAUUGUCAUUAUUAUGCUCAGCGGGGGUUGUGCAUUGUUGCUGAUUGCAAUAGUGGCUGUUAUUGUCACAUGCAAACUCAGCUGUGGAGGGAGAAACCGUGGCUCCAAGAGAGAAGUGUGCCACAGCCUGUUUGACAGCAGGCCCAUGCCCAUGCUCGGCUCAACAGAACCAAACAUAUACACCGGUCAACGAGGCUUCUUCCAUGAGAGAACCUCUUCUUCUCUGGAUGAUUCCUGCCUGUAUGAAGACAGAAGUGGGGAGUCAGAAACAAAGAUGUUUCUGCCCUCCAAGCAUUUCCAACCAUCAUCUGUGUGGCAAGGUGACAAAUACUGCUUGCAAGUGAGUGGCAUUGGCAACACUGACCAGCUGAGCGUGAAGGACAGUGGCAAAGGGGACAGUGACUUCAAUGACAGCGACUCUGAUAUCAGUGGAGAUGGAGGCAAGAAGAACUUCAGUACCUUCCAGCCAAGGCUAAAAAGUUCAUCCAGUGCCACUAACAGCUUAUCUGGGGAUUGCCAAGGCACCUACUGUGCGAUACCAGCACAAAGCUUCAGAGCCCCCAGAGACAACGCAUACACAAUAGGCCUCUCCCCAGUACCGGUUUUCAACAAUCCUCAUGGCUAUCCUGUCUCUUGGAAGGAUUCUAGUUAUGGCACAAAUCGCCCAAAAUCAAAGAGCAGUGCACAGACUUUCUCCAGGACUCAUACUCUUCCCUCUUACUUCCCUCAACAACAGCGUGACGCUAGUGUUUCAGGCACUGAAAUCCACCAGCAGAGUCCAAAUAUUGUAACAGUGGCUACUGCUUUAGAGGUUGCAACUAUGUUUUAG